AUGGGCGACGAUGGGAGGAAGAUCGUGCUCGAGGCGGCGCUCGAGGCCGCACCUCGCAUUCUCGUUGUCGCCAAGACGAAGCGGCGUCUUAAGCAGCAGAACUCGCCCAAGAAGGCUUCGCCAGCAACCGACGAAGCAGAGUCGCCGGGGCACGGCCAGCUGCAGGUGAUCCAAGCGGCGAAUGGCGAGUUCUCGUUGCGGUUCGUCGACGUCGUCGUGCACAACCGACGUCGUCAAAACCUCUACGUCCUCCUCUGCACGACGCAUGUGACCAAGUUUACAAAAGCGUUCAUCACGAGCUUCGAAGGCUCCAGCGAACGCUUGCUCUUGGACGAAGGUCCUGACGGUCAACUCAAGGGCGCUCACGUCCCGCGCACGUUUGAACAGCGGAUGCGCGUAUUUGACCCGCGCCGAUACAAGGCGAUCGUCAUCUGCAAGCCGGCGACGGCCAAGCCGCCGAGCGUAGCACCCGACAUCCACCUUUUCGCUAACCUUGUGCCGUACGCGCACAUAACUGCCGAGAGCGCGGCGCAGCUUCAGGCCAAAGCCGACGCCAUCGCUAGUAUCAUUGUAUCGACGCCGAUCAGCGCCAACUUUGCCAACGACGACUGGACAAUCGAUGCGCUAGCGUCAAACGCCCGGGAGCUUUUUCACAUGUUCGACCGUGACCGGUCCGGUGCUAUCGACUUUAGCGGCGAUGCUUUCGUUUGUAAGAUCCAGCUGCUCGAGCCACAGGCCCGCCGGUUCUUUGCGUUGUGUGACGAAGGCAAGAGCGGCUUUAUUGACGAGCAGGAGUUUGUCGCUGCGCUGUACAUGACCAACUACCUUCGUGCGCGCAAAGCAACGCCGCACUUGACGCCUGCAGAUGCCUUCGCACUCUUUGAUGAGGACCGCGACGGGCUGCUCAACUUUCUUGAGUACGAACAAGCGAUCAGGUCCCUCGGUGUCGCCCCGCCGAAAACCAAGCUCUACGCGCAUUUUCCAAUGCAAGCGCGGCUCAUAGCGUUUCCAGAUUUUCAAGCGGUGUGGACGGAGCUCAUUUCGGUCGAGGCAGAGCUAGUGAAGCGGCAAAUUCCGCUGCCACCCCACUUACCGCGCUGGCAACUCAAGAAGCGGAAAAUUGCGCUGCAAGAGUGCCUCGUCACAGCUCUGAACGCGCAGGCAAAAGAGGAAGUCGAAAUGGCCAGGGAAGCACGAAGCAUUGUCCUCGACGUCGAGCGCAAACGACAAUUGGCCAAGCAAGGUCAGAGCCGCGCAGCGCUGCAUCUCAAGCGCCAGGAAGAGUUGCACAUGAAGACAGAAGAGGCAGUGCGCGAACGCGACGAGAUGCUGCAGCGGAGACGGGACAGAAGCGCCAAGGCCAAAAUGGCACAGGAAGAACGCCGGCUGCUGCGCGUGGUUGCGGACGAGACGGAGCGCCGAAAGCAAGCGCUAUUGGCCGUCAAAACCCAGGCGCUCGUGCGGCGCCGAGACGAAGCAGGUCAACGCCGGGCGGAGCGUGGCGACGACGCGAUCGAGUGGUCGCACCGCCAGCUUACCGAGGUGCCCGCCGACGUGUACCACGGCAAGGCCAACCUCACGGACCUCUCGCUCCUCGUGCUCGUGAACCUCGCGUGUAAUGCGCUCACGACCCUUCCAGCCAACUUUGUCUAUCACUUGGGUCUUGUCCAGAAACUUGACGUGUCUCAGAAUCAACUGACGGCGCUUCCGGAAACUAUCGGCGAAAUGACCGAGCUUCGUAUUCUAAACGUCCGUAGCAACAAACUCACAGCGCUGCCCGACACAAUCUCAAAGCUUGCGCGGCUCGAAAUUCUCGACAUUUCGGGCAACCGACUAUCCCACUUGAACCUUCCAACGCUCUGCGACCUGAUCGCACUCCACGUGCUGUACGCCGCCGACAAUACGAUCGAGCUCCUCCCGCAGCAUUUUGGCGACCUCCCGGCACUACAAGUGCUCGACAUUGUCGGCAACCCUAUCUCGCGCCUCCCCUCGUCGUUUGCACAGCUCCAAAAACUACGUCACGUGGAUCUCUCCUCCUGUGGACUGCGGUACAUCAGCAAUGAGUUUGGACCCCACCCUCAAUGUGUGCUGCUCAAUUUAUCGUGGAACGGUCUCGACCAUCUUCCGGCAUCAGUCAUCGGGCUCGUGUCCGUGCAAGAGCUUCGCGUCUCUUCCAACAACCUCUUAUCGCUGCCCGACGCUGUGAGAGGCUGGACGUCGCUCGUGGCGUUCUAUGCCGAUCACAACCGACUGCGCUUAUUGCCUGACGAGCUCGGUCAGUGGCGUCAACUCGAGGUUCUCGACUUGAGUCACAACAACAUUAUAUCACUGCCGACAACCAUUGGGUGCCUUGCCAAGCUGCACACACUUCGCAUCCGCAACAACCGGCUAUCGUCUCUCCCGCUCGAGUUGGGCGCACUCCGGAGCUUGUGCCACCUAAACCUGGCCCGCAAUGGUCUUCGGGAGCUGCCCGUGCACGUGGGGUACUGCCACGCACUUUUAACCAUUGACGUGAGUGAGAACGACCUCGAGACGCUCCCAGAGAGCGUCGGUAUGUGGAUGGCCCUCGAGUCGUGUGUACUGAGCCGCAAUCGACUGCGAUCGCCGCUGCCAGACACGAUCGCCGACUGGGGGGCCCUCAAGUACCUGGAUCUCUCGCAUAACGCGCUUGCCCAUGUCGACGCGGUGCUCUGCACGUUGCCCGUCGUCGAAUGUCUCUUUCUCGGUGGCAACGAGCUGCAGUACCUUCCCGCCGAGGUGGCGCAGCUCACGAGUCUCCUGACGCUCGACGUGCACAACAAUCGACUUCGCGCAUUGCCCGUCGAGCUGAGUGCGCUGCUACCGACGCUCGAGGUGCUGCACGUCGCACAGAACCCGCUGUCGGCUCUGCCGGAGAAAUGGUGCAGUCGGUGGCGGCUACAGGACGCGUACAGCGCGAGCUUUGCACACGGGUACUCGCCGGCCGAGGCCCUCGAGUGGGUCGCGGACCACGCCGUCUUCUAUCCGUCUGUACUCCGCAUUUGGCACGAGCAUAGCGCGGCGAUUCUGGAUCACGGCUUCUCAGUCACUGCGUUUGUCAGUGCAGUGCAAGACGAUGUUGGUGCGCCAUGGCAGCUGCGGUUCGCCAAGCCGGUCAAAGCUGCUUUCUUCGAGUUCAAGUACCUCGGGCACCCUGUCCUCGUCGAUGACGUCCCGGAGAAUGUCAGGAAGGAGGAAGCGGUUCAAGAGGAGCGGCUUGAAGAGCAGCGCAUCGAGCGCGGCGUCGCGGCGCGGUUGACCGAUGAAGCGCACCGCGCCGACGUGGCGGCCAAGUACUCUGUGGACAUGGCAGCGGCUUUGGACAAAAGUCGCCGCCGCCGCGACGCCUACGAGCGCAGGCUUCUAUACGAAGAGCAUGUCCAAGCCGCCGCGCUGCAGACGCUCGUGCGCGAGAAGAUCGUCACGGCCAACGGGCUCGAAGCAACGUCGCGUGCGAGAAAGCGCGCUGUGUUUGCGUCCGAAAUGGUUCAGAAGGCUCUAGACCAGGAAAAAGCCCUUGGUCGCGCAUAUACACAGCCGCGGGCGCAAGCCAAGUGGGCCGUGUACCAUCGGAUGGGCCAGUUCUUCCCUGAUGAUGAUGGCGACGACGACGACAUUGAGGUCCUCGACGCGCGCGUCGAAACCGACGACCCGUCUUAA